AUGUUCUACGCCCAUUUCGUUUUACAAAAGAAAGGGCCUUUGGCUCGAAUUUGGCUUGCCGCUCAUUGGGACAAAAAAUUAACCAAAGCCCAAGUCUUUGAAACUAACAUUGAAACUUCCGUCGAUGGAAUUUUGCAACCCAAAGUUAAAAUAGCUUUGAGAACAUCUGGACAUUUAUUGCUAGGAGUUGUGAGAAUAUAUUCUAGAAAAGCUAAAUAUUUGUUAGCUGAUUGCAAUGAGGCAUUUGUCAAAAUUAAAAUGGCCUUUAGGCCUGGAAUGGUUGAUCUUCCUGAAGAACACAGAGAAGCAGCUGUGAAUACCAUUACCCUGCCUGAAGUUUUCCAUGAUUUUGAUGCCACCAUUCCAGAUUUAAAUGAUGUUGAUAUCGAAGCCCAAUUUAGUUUAAAUCAAUCUAGAGCUGAGGAAAUCACAAUGAGAGAAGACUAUGGAAAUUUGUGUUUGGUCACAAAUGAUGAAGGAUUUGGAGACAUGGGUUUCGACAAUGAACCACCCGAUAUAUUGAGAACUGCUGCUUCGUUGGAUAGAAGUUUUGAUCAAUCUCAUUUACUCUUUAGUGAACCAGACCAUAUCACACAUUUGGAUAGAGAAAAAGAGCCACAACCAGGAGAUGGUUUUGGUGGUAAUCUUGGUCCUGACAUAAUGGGAGGUGGUUUAUUCGAAGGAGGUUUAUCUUUAUUUGAUGACACACCAAUAGUAGGGGAUAUUCCUGUGCCAGAAUCUAAUAUUGACCAUCAGCAAGAAAAAGUUCCUUCUGCUUCUGUUCCUGAUAGUGAUGACGAGGCAGAUAAUCAUUUUGGUGGACCACCUUCAGUAGGAGGGCAUAGCUCUGAUGGUUCUCGUCCGGCUACUCCCCUUCCCAAUCAAGAGCCAGAAUUACCCAGAGCAGAAGAAGAUAUGGCAGAAACACAUUCAAGCCCACAUCAUCAGCAUGAUUCAGAAAAAGAAAAGGAAGACCUUUUGCCCCCUAAUGAUCAAACUACACUUUUACAAAACGAAGAAGAAAAAAUGAAAGCACAAUUGUCGGACACGAGUGAUAUUGUCACUACAUUAGAUCUUGCACCUCCAACAAAACGUUUAAUGCACUGGAAAGAAAGUGGAGGUGUGGAAAAAUUAUUUGCCUUACCAAGUCAGCAUUUACCAGCAAGAGCAUUAUUUAAGAAUUAUCAAAGACAUUUAACAUUAAGAGCUGUAGAAAAUGAAUAUCACGAUCCAGCUGAUAAGCAGGAUCAAAUAACUUUAGAACAAAUAAGAGAUACAGAUGGUGAUAACAUUGAAAAUAUAGCUCCCACUUCGAAAAGAGAAAUGAUGCAACAAUCUAUACCUUUGCCAGAUCAAUUUUUGCCUCCAACACCGAUAGCCGCUCCCCCGGCUACACCCCUUUCUCAAGAUAAUAAUUUUUCUUUAAAUCCAUCUCUAACAUCCGUUCCCGAAAUCCAACCUCCAAUGUCCAUUCAAAACGACACUCUUCUUCAUUCGCGUACACCGAAUUAUCCACCGCCUACAACUCCGGCAGGACUCCUUCCUUCCAACAGCCCUUUAAUGCCACCUGCGAGUCCAAUGUAUCCCGGGAAAAAUUCAUACGUCGCCCACACUCCUGGACCUCAUUUGCAGCACAUAGACGAAGUACCGCAACUCCACGUCGACCAACUUAAUUCUAUAUUAGAACCAGAAAAUAAUCCUUUGAUGGAAAACAUGGGAUAUGAUCAAAACAAUCCCGCAAUGGCUAACAUGGGCUACGACGAACAUCAUCCUCCGGCUCAAACGCCGGGUUGCAUAAGUGAAAAAGGUCAAGCGACUCCCUGGAAUGAGGAUUAUGAAUUUCCUAAUUCUGCGGGACCUCCCGACGAGCAACAAACGGAUGAAACAUACGAGCAAUUCGAAGAGAGAGUUUUAAACAAAAGAGCAGCCCACAUGUAUCACAUAUUGAAAACUCGUUUGGCUCGUCAAUCCACGUUACAUUUCAGCGAAAUGACGCACAGGAAUAAUAAAAAACAAGUCGCUCAAAAGUUUUACACUCUCCUUGUUUUAAAGAAAACUCAAGUUCUCGAAUUGGAACAAGAAGGUGCUUUUGAGGAAAUAUUCAUAACCAAAGGUUACAAAUUUGAAAACCCGUCAUUGUAA